AUGGCCGCAUCAUUUCCUGCUGUUCGAUUGCUGUGUUUGCUCUGUUCUGAGGUGUAUGACACUCCGAGAAUGCUUCCGUGUCAUCACACCUUCUGUAACGGUUGCCUCCAGGAUUACAUCGGAUCUCUCGGGCUUGUAGCAGGGGAUAAGGAGUUUCCUUGUCCCGCCUGUGCGCAGAUAACUCCCGUGUCAAACAAUACUGUUCCCUUGGAUGAAUGGGCAAGUCUAUUCCCGGUGAACAAAUUAUUUGAGUCUUUGGUCAAUACGUCUCUGUCACAGACGACUUCACAUUUUAACACCUUGUGUGACCCGUGCAAAAUGCUCAAGGAACAAAAGAGAGCUACUUAUCAGUGCUUUAACUGCUCCCAGUCUCUAUGUGGCUCAUGUAAAAACUAUCAUCAGCGAAACAGAUACACAACUAGUCAUACACUCAGUUCCAUCGAAGCAAGUACCGGUUCAUCACCUGGUGGAAACGUCGAUAUUUUCUGCAAAUCACAUCCCAGAAAAGUUAUAGAUAUGUUCUGCCGGGAUCACAAAGCUCUUUGUUGCUCAUCUUGUACCUCAAAUAGCCAUCAAGGAUGUAAAAGAAUGACGUCAAUUGAUGACGUCACACCGCAUGGCGCAAGUACUGUUGCUGAAGCAACGACGCGGAAACUAAAUGAAAUCAGAACACAGAUUGAGGAAUUACGUGAAAUUAAAGAGGAAAAUAUUAAAUCUCUCGACUGCGAAAACGCGAAACUUCUAACGGUUAUGCAGACAAUGGUGGAAGAUGCAAAGACCAAACUUGAUGACUUGUUGGAAGAUUUUCAGGAAAAUCUACAUCUUGAAUGGGAAGACAAUCGCCGGAAACUAGUCUCGGCAUUAAGACACACACAGAUGUUCUCCUUAGAUCUGGACAACAGUUGUACUCUCGUUUCAGUACUCCAGGAAAAAUCACUGACAAAUCAAGUAUUUAUCGCCCAAGAAAUGGUUAAAGCACAAGUAAAGGCUCACAUCCAUGACAUGAGAACUAUAUUUGAAAAAGAUGCUGAUAUUAUGGAAGUUGACAUGGAUGUGCAUAUUGAUUUACUUGACGAUAAAGCCGUCGAAGCUGUUCGUAGCUAUGGUGGCGUUUCCGUUGCGGAAAUGAGAUCUUCACGCACUUUCAAAAUAACAAAGAAUCUAGAAUCAACUGUUAAAGAUAUGGAUACCAUCAUUGAGCAGAUAAUUCCAGAGGAGCCAGCAGACCUGACGCAGCGAUCAGUAUCAAGGGUUGUAGAGAUGCUAGGAGGGAAACAGGCCGCCAAACUUACAGGAGGUGCCCACCUUCCAAGCGGGAAAUGCCUCAUGGCUGAUCAGAAACAUCGACGUCUGCUUCUGUUUGACAAAAACUACAAGAUCGAGAAAGCCAUGCCCAUUGACAAACCUCCAAGUGACAUAGUAUAUAGCGACAAGCAACAGAGUGUUUUCAUAGCUGUUGGGUACUACUUUGAUAAAGACAUUUACCGAUAUAGCCUGGACAAAGAUUCCAUCGAGUAUAAAGAUAAACUCAAAGUUCCGAAAGGAACGUGGGGUAUUUCCGUGAUUGAUGACGUCAUACUAGCAGGAUGUCCUAACUCCAUCGAAAUGAUUUCUGUUGAUGGUACCUCGCUGAAUUCAUUUCCUACCAACGGAGUGUGUACGUACGUGGCGGCCUGCCCACGGUCGAACAGCUUCUGGUUUAAAGAUGGUGACAACGUCGUUUGCAUGAAGCUAGAUGGGACUUCCGGUUUUCGUUAUCAAGAUGAAGAUCUUAGAGGCGUAUCAGGGAUAGCGUGCGAUCAAUUUGGGAAUGCUUACGUGUGCUCACGCGAGACUGGCCAUGUUCAUCAGAUAUUUAAAGACGGAACUGGUGGACGUAUUCUCAUGAAAAUGCAACACAACAUAACCCGUCCGCACGCUGCUGAUGUCACCAAGCUAAUGAUUCACCAAGCUGCUGAUGUCACCAAGCUAUUUGUUGGGCUUGACCAAAGAAACUUCAAGCCAUAUAUACUGAUUCUAGGCCUUUCAGCAUUUUGCAAGUAG